UCAAUUGUUUGACAAAAAGACACAGAAAUGGUUCAUGACGAUUAGUAUAGUGGGAAUAGAGAUCCUAAUUUCAAGGGGCUGAUGAAAGUUACUUCAAUGAGGCAAUAAGAAAAUAGAAUUGGCGGUUGUUGUCUUUGUAUUAGUUGACCUGCAGAGAUUUAUAAAUGAGAAUUCAAACAUGGCAACUAGCCAGCUACUUCAGUUUUACGUGCAGCAUUUCCUCAAGUCCUGUAAACCUUUGCAUCUUUAAUACAAGGAUGAGUAUGCAGUAUGCCGCUUGCUUGAGUCUCUCUUUCUUCUCUCAACCCAGUAGAAGAAAAUUUCAAUUUCAUAUAGGCUGCUAAGUUCAUCCUGAGCCGACUCCCAUAAGUUGAAACUCUUGAAAAGUUCAAUGGGACAGAACCAAGUAGAUGCAUCACAAAUCCAAGGGAUGGAUUCUGGAGAAAAGCGACUUAAUGAGCUUGGUUACAAGCAAGAACUCAGAAGAGAGAUGACUCUGUUCAAAACUCUUGCAAUAUCAUUUUCCACCAUGACACUUUUCACCGGAAUCACUCCUUUGUAUGGUUCAAGCCUCGCAUAUGGAGGGCCUGCAACCCUUGUGUGGGGUUGGGUGGUAGUAUCAUUUUUCACCUGGUUUGUAGGACUAGCCAUGGCAGAGAUCUGCUCGUCUUUCCCGACUACAGGUUCUCUUUACUUCUGGGCUGCUCACUUAGCUGGUCCCAAAUGGGGUCCUCUUGCAUCAUGGUGCUGUGCUUGGCUUGAGACCAUAGGGCUCAUUGCCGGCAUAGGUACUCAGGCAUUUGCAGGGUCUCAAACACUACAAAGUAUCAUAUUACUGUGUACUGGUACAAAUAAAGGUGGAGGUUAUUUUGCACCAAAGUGGUUAUUUUUAUGCAUGUACAUUGGCCUCACUCUUAUAUGGGCGUUUCUCAACACAUUUGCUUUAGAAGUGAUUGCUUUUAUUGAUAUAAUAUCAAUAUGGUGGCAGGUCGUUGGAGGGACGAUUAUUGUUAUAAUGCUCCCCCUUGUAGCACUUACUACACAGUCUGCAUCAUACGUAUUCACAAACUUUGAUGUGGCCCCUGAGCGGACGGGAAUAUCAAGCAAACCUUAUGCAGUGAUUCUAUCCUUUCUUGUUAGUCAAUAUUCCUUAUAUGGAUAUGAUGCUGCAGCACAUCUAACAGAAGAAACCAAAGGAGCUGACAAGAAUGGUCCUAUUGCGAUUCUAACAAGCAUUGGUAUCAUUUCAGUGUUUGGAUGGGCUUACAUCUUGGCCCUCACUUUCAGCAUUCAGGAUUUUAACUACCUAUAUGAUCCCACCAAUGAGACUGCAGGAGCAUUCGUGCCUGCUCAAAUUCUCUAUGAUGCAUUUCAUGGGAGGUAUCAUAGUUCGACUGGAGCAAUCAUUUUACUAUUCAUCAUUUGGGGUUCAUUCUUCUUUGGUGGACUUUCAAUUACCACUAGUGCUGCCAGAGUGGUGUAUGCUCUAUCAAGAGACCAAGGGAUUCCGUUCUCUUCUGUAUGGCGAAAAAUACACCCGAAGCACAAAGUUCCUUCCAAUGCAGUGUGGCUCUGUGCAGCCAUCUGCAUUCUCCUUGGACUUCCAAUCUUGAAAGUCAAUGUAGUCUUCGUAGCUAUUACUUCCAUAUGCACAAUUGGAUGGGUGGGGGGUUAUGCAGUUCCAAUCUUUGCAAGAAUGGUAAUGCCUGAGAAGAACUUCAAAGCCGGGCCAUUUUAUUUGGGCAGUUUAAGCAGACCAAUUUGCUUGGUCGCCUUCCUGUGGAUAUGUUACACUUGUGCUGUCUUCCUCCUCCCCACAUACUACCCAAUUUCCUGGAAUACAUUCAAUUAUGCACCUGUUGCUUUGAGUGUGGGUUUAGGUCUGAUAAUGCUUUGGUGGGUGUUGGAUGCAAGGAAGUGGUUCAAAGGACCUGUUAGAAAUAUUGAAACUGAUCAUAGUGGGAAGGUUUGAAUUUUUAACAUAAACAUCAUGAGUUCUUGAGUUCCAUCUUUCCAUCAUUAAGUUCCUACCAUUUGUCAUCUCUUGGAUAAAUUUUAGAAUCACUUAACAUGCCUCCUAUAGUGCACUUUAUUUUUAGAUGAUGUAAGCUUGAAACUUCUAGCUAGUUAAUCAGUUCAAGCCAAGUAGAAUGUAUACAGUUUAAGGGCUUGGGGUUAGCCGCAGGGUUGAGGAGGGGGUUGGAAAUUGGGUUAGGAUUAUGCCUUAUCAGCAGUCUGUUCUUUCUCCCUCUGAUGUAACAAUAAGCUAGAUGAUAGCAGAAAUCUCAUAUGCAUUGCAUAGCUUUCCAGGAUGUGUGCUAUUUAAUUAAUUUCAUCUGCAAGCCGCUGACAAACAUUAGUGUACAAGCGAUUCCAGAUUCUUCAACAAUAGUUCCCAGGAAGGUCUAAGUACAACGAUAACCGUGUCAGUAACGUUCUCGAAGCCCUUGACUUUUUUACAUUUUUACCAUGUUUGAGGCUCAUGAACUAU